CUGGAGCGGAAAUACAGGAGUCACAAAUUUACAAUAUCCUGUUUUUCACCUGGGUCCAUCUUGCAAACACAACCAGUUCCGCCUCACUUCCAAAACCCGCUACCGUGUCUGUAUAUAAGGUAGGAAACUCUGCUAGUAGUUUACAACAACUCUAACUCAUCAAACGGACGGAGAGGAGUACUUUUCAACCAGACCGAGAAUGAAGACUGCCAUGGUUGUUCUGUUCGCUGGGUUGGUGAUAGCCGUUGCCCUCUUGUCGUCUGCGGAGGGCCGCAGUUUGUCCAGACGACCGCCAAGCGUGGAUCUGCGAGACUGCCCGCUCCUCUGUCCUGCUGUCUACUCCCCGGUCUGUGGCAGCAAUGGUCAAGUCUACAGUAACCUCUGCCAUCUCAACGUCGCCAAGUGCCUAACAGCAGACCCAAAUCUUACGGAAGCUCCAUUUUCCGAAUGUGACUCUGGCCUGGAUCUUGGCUGGAGGGCGCCGUCCUGAAGCGAGGCUACGCACAUAUGACGACAAAACACCCUGGAACUUACAUCUAAUCUACUUGAUCGAGUGAUUGUUCUCUGCUUAUACCAGCCAACUUUUGUAUGUCAUGUAUUUUGGACGAUUUCUACCAUGUAAAUACCGAGUCUUGGUGAAGGUGAUGUAACAGAAAGUUAUGUACACAUGUAACUAACUAGAAUCAGCAGUUUCGAUGGAACCAGUUUUUCGAUAGAAUUAUAUUCGAUAGAAUCAGUAGUUACAGAAGUAAGGAUGCUGCCAUUCAAUCGUACAGUGAAUGAUUUUUGCGAGCGCUAACGUUAUAGAAUUAAAAAGUCAUUUGUCUGCGUCUGAAAAAUGAAAUAUUCAAUGUAAUAAUGACCAAACAACACUAAUAAAUUAUGCGACAUCA